CCGGAAGUGGAAGCCGGCGCUGCGCUGCCUUCCAUUCUCUCGCAGCCCGCGGCGCGCACGAGGUGUUCCCGCGUGGGCCUGCGUUUCUCGGGCCGCCGCCGCGCGCCCCGUCGCCAUGAGCCUGCCCCUCAACCCAAAGCCCUUCCUCAACGGGCUGACGGGGAAACCGGUGAUGGUGAAGCUGAAGUGGGGGAUGGAGUACAAGGGCUACCUCGUCUCCGUCGACGGCUACAUGAAUAUGCAGCUUGCGAACACAGAAGAGUAUAUCGAUGGUGCGCUGUCUGGACACCUGGGGGAAGUUUUGAUAAGGUGCAAUAAUGUGUUGUACAUCAGAGGUGUGGAAGAAGAGGAAGAAGAUGGAGAAAUGAGAGAAUGAUGUUUUGUAUAGCUGGAAAUAAAAGGUUUUUCUUUUUUUUUUUUUUUUUCCUUUUCCACAACUUUGUAAUCAGGUGUUUAUUUUUGUUGUUUUUGUAUUUUACCAUGGGGGAAGUUCACCCUUAAAAAGGUCUCUGAUGUUUUAUUGAUGUCCAGAAAAAACGCUGGAAGAAUAGGUAAUUCUUUCAACUUUAAACUGAAAGUCUUAGAGUGAAAACAAAGUAUGAAACAAAUCAAAACAGAAAAUAAAAACACCACACAACUAAAA